CAUCCACGAUGUCGAUGAAACAGAUAUUAGAAGAAUUAAAAAUGGGAUAUGCAAUUAAACGAUUUGAAGAGGAAAGAAUCGAUGUAGAUAACUUUUUAAGUGUAACAGAUUUACAAUUAAUCAACUUAGGAAUAAUUACGAUCGGGGAUAGAAUCCGACUUACAGAGAGGGUAAAAAGAAACGCAAGAAGUUCCGUUCUGGAAAGCGCGGACGAUUUGGUGGCAACAGAUUCAAAUCCAAUCGCCUCUAUUUUGUCUCACCAAAGAAAAAUGCUUUUUGGAAACAAGAAGUCCAAAAGACGCCACAGUUUCCCCGUAAAUCAUGACCCCGAAAAAUUAGAUAUCCCAAAACGCCGUAAAGUGACAAGAACUUGGACAAUGACUGUUGUUUGUUUGGCAGAUAAAGAGUCUUCAAGGGUGCCAUCAUCUGCAGAGAAAGAAAUUCUGUUUAAAGCAGGCCUAGGUACCCGCAAAAUACAGUUUUUAACAUCUGACACCGAGGCUGAUGUUUUAAAGACUAUAACUUCAGACAGAUCAACAGAAAAUGGUCAGACUAUUGGAUUUCCUCAGCUUAAUAACUGUGGUGGGUUUGAACUGCUCAAAUGCACCCAAAACAGCAGAGAACUCUCUCUAAUUGAUUGUGAGUGGUCGGUUUCUCAACUUAAAACAUAUUUAGGGAGUCAAACCAAGAUUUAUAUACGACCAGUCCAAACAAGUCUCAGUACAACACCAAUUGAUAAUAAUUUUCAAAUCAAGACAGAAGAAAUUUGCAAGUUUUGCAACAAGGGCUUUUCUAUUAGAAAUCUGAGACAGCAUGUUAAAACCUGCAAGGACAAGCCAAAAACAAUAGAGGUAUGUGAGAGUGAUAGUGAUGAUCUACCAGAUCCUGCUUUAAAUGAUCAUGGUGGCCUUUGGAGUUUUUUAAGUGAUGCAAAUAUAGAGUUUUUGCCUGCAGCAGUGGAUGCAGUAGAUCCACUUGGUGAUGCAGUACCAAUAAAUGCUUCAACUUCAGUUACAGAUGUGAUUGAUGAAGUAUCCCAAACUGAAGGGAAUAGCAAUUAUAAUGCACAUGCAUCUAGUUCUUCUAGUAAUGUUUAUGUCCAUACUGGGGAAGAAAUAAAUUCCAGCUCUGACAGCACUACAAGUUCCACACAGAAUGUUACAGUCUCUCCUACUAUGUAUCAAAAGGCAGAAACUGUAUGUUUGAUAGACAGUGUCAUAUCUAGUGCAAUUGAUCACUGCCUUACUGAGAACAUUACUGAUCCAGUGGAAAUCCUAAGACAUAUGCAAAAAGUUAUAGUGACUGGAAGAAGUUUGGAACUCGACGAUUUAUUAAAUUGUGAUUCAGGAGACACCUCUUUCAUCAUGGUGGAUCGAGGAAAUAUUUUGGAGACAGCAUUUGAUGAAAUUAAAAGCAUAACAGACAAAGAUCUUAGAAAAACAUUGGAAGUUAACUUCUACAAUGAGUGUGCUUCAGAUCAAGGGGGGCCACGUAAAGAAUUUUUUCGUCUAGUGCUCAGUGCUGUCAAGGAAAAGUAUUUUGACAAAGGUUUGAGAGAACACCUGGCAAAAGAUUAUGUGACGGUUGGAAAAAUUAUGGCUUUAAGUAUCCUGCAAAAUGGACCAAUGCCAAGCUUUUUAAAUGAGGAUAUUCGAAAUGACCUGUUUUCUGGGAAAGAUUCAAGUUCAUUGUGCAUAAAAAAUCUAAGGACUGGAUUGGAUGUUUUGGGAGUAGUCAAGGUUGGAAGCAUUUUACCAAUGUUUGUACACCUUCUUAAUCCCAGCACAACUUGUCUUACAUUGAAAGCUGUUACACAGCUACUAAAACCCCAUUUUUCAGAAGAGGGUUCAAAUGACAGAAAGUAUGAAAAUAGUGUAUAUUCAGCAUUCUUAAGAUACAUGCGAUCAGCAGCAAGUGGAAGAAGAGGAGAUGUUUCACUUCAGCACAUACUCCAGUUUGUUACAGGAGCAUCUGAAGAGCCCAUCCUUGGAUUUUGCCACCCCCCCUCCAUAGAGUUUGUAAAACCUCGUGAUGACACACGCUUUAUACCAACAGCAAAUACAUGCAUCAAUUCUCUGAAGUUACCACGAGGGACCUUAGAAAUCAAAUUGCCGGCAGAUGAAGAGCUAUUUUCUCUGUAUGAUUAUGCCUUUUUAAAUACAUUUUAUGGGCUUAUUUGAGUUCCCUUGUAAAUGUGUGUUUCUGUUUCUUCAAAGGUUAGUUUGAUGUUGAUAUGAAGGGUUACUUAUUAAGGGUUACAUUGUUGUAUACCCCCAUACUAAAUUUAAGGUAUGGUCCUGUUGUGUCAAGAAGAAGGAUUAUCUUGGAUUUGUCAGUAUUCUGAGUUUUGCUUUUUAAUUAUUUUAUGUAUGGUAGAUACACUAUGGGACACUCUUA